AUGGCUUUCAAAUUCGUUGUUUUUGCCGCCUUCGUAUCUCUAGCUCGUGCUGGAGGUAUUGGUCUUGGGGUAGCUCCAGCUAUCUCAUACUCCAGCAUUUCUGCUCCAGUCGCCUCACCCCUAUCUUAUUCUCUCCCAGCUCCUUCUUACGCUCUUCCACAACCGAUUGUACAGAAAGUCGCCACACCUUUAUCCUACUCUCUUCCAGCACCUAGCUACGCUGUUCCACAACAGAUAGUACAAAGAGUACAACCUUUAUCUUACUCUCUUCCCCAACCAAUUGUACAAAGAGUGCAACCUUUGUCUUACUCAGUCCCACAACCAAUUGUACAAAAAGUAGCACAACCUUUGUUCGCUCCACAAGCUUACGCCCAACCCCUCAUCCAAAAAGUUCACGCUCCCAUUCUAGCUCCACAAACCUACACUCAAGCCAUCGCCACACCUCUAAUCCAAAAAGUAGCUGCUCCAGUCGUCACCAAAACCAUCGUUGAAGCUCCAGCACAAUACGACUUCGGUUACUCAGUAAGCGACCCCCAUACAGGAGACAUCAAGGAACAACAUGAAUCCCGCAACGGAGAUGUCGUACAAGGAAGCUACUCCUUGGUAGAAGCUGACGGUACCAGAAGAAUUGUGGAAUACACCGCUGAUGCCCUUCAAGGUUUUAACGCUAUUGUACACAAAGAACCAGCUUCAGUCGCACUUAAGACUGUAGCUCCAGUGGCCCAAGUUGGUUUAGCUACCCAAGUUAGACUAGCUGCACCUGUAGCUAAAAUCGCAGCUCCUUUAGCUGCUUACCAUCCACAGGGAGUUCUGUUGCAUUAA